AUGGUCCUCCUCAAGCGCAUCUGCCCUCCAGAGCGGCGCAAGGCCGUGAUCGCCGUUUCGGCAUCACUCUCGCACCCCGCCGUCUCCAUCAACGCUCCUCCAGACCCAGAGCACCCAUUUCAGCUCCGCAUCUCGCUGCGGAUCGCUCAGACAACUCAGCCAGGAAGACCCAUAACUAUCCGUACCGACGGCACCGUCUUCCAACCUUCACACCCGUCAGACGAAUACGACACCCUCUCCCGCGGCGGCACCAGUCUCGUCUCCACCACGCCCAACAAGCGGCACAUUUCCCUAGGCAGAUUCAUUUCCCACAUCAAAGGGUACGAAGAUUACCCUGACGACCUCAAGGUGCGUCCGUUCACGCAUCUACUCACCAUUCCUGCCGACGGCGCUGUUGAGGUCGUGCAUGACUUUUCCAUCAGCCGCAUCUUCCGCCACGAGCAGCGGCUGACCAAGGACGACGUCGCGGGUGAAUCUUGGAAGGCCUAUCUCAAUGAUGGUUUCAUUGAAGCCACCUGGUGGCGUUGGGGUGACCUGGAGGGCGACCUGAAAGAGAAACACCUUCACAUUUGGCACGAAGGCUGCCGGAAUCGUCUACCCGAGCCAGAUGUUGAUGACACGUGGGUCCUGGGUUGCGAUCUGAGGGAGCUCAUUUUUGAGAAUCAGACUGAGGAUGCAAUCUUCCGCUUUGUCGAGUAG